AUGAGAAAAUACCAUGGAAAUGUAAAAAGAAAUAGAGAUGAUCCCAUUGAAGAAAACGAUAACAUAACCUCAGACAAAACAUGCAUAACAUUAGUUAGAGCAACCUUAUUACCAAUUCUUAGUAUUGGGAAAAAUGAAAAAACAACAAUGUUUCAUCCAUUCAAAAACCCAUUACCAGGAUUUGUAAGUGAUAAAACACUAUAUCUUAAAAAAACAUUAGGAGCUAAAGUAAGACGAACUGGGUGGAUAAAUUUGAUGAAAAAUUCCAUUCCUAGAAGGUCAGAUGAAGCAGAUGAAAAAGAUCAAAUAGAAGAAAUAAUACAAAAGCAUAAUCCUUUGAUUUUAUAUGAAGAUGAAAAUGAUAAAAUACAAGUAGAUCCAAUUUUAGCACAGCAUUUAAGAGAGCAUCAGAGGGAAGGAGUACAAUUUAUUUUUGAAUGUUUAAUGAAUUUGAGAGAUGAAAAAAUAAGUGGAUGCAUAUUAGCAGAUGAUAUGGGACUAGGAAAAACCCUACAAAGUAUAUCUGUUUUGUACACUUUGUUAAAACAAGGAUUUCAUAAUAAGUCAGCAAUAAGGAGAUGUUUAAUUUUAUGCCCAGCUAGCUUAAUAAAUAAUUGGAAUGAUGAAAUUAGUAAAUGGCUUCCGGGUAGAUGUAAUGUUACAUGUGUUAAUGAUAAUGUGAAAGAAAAAAUAGUUAGUAAAUUAGAAGGUUUUAAAUAUGAUUUAAAAUCAAAUGUAUUAAUAUGUUCUUACGAAUGCUUUCGUAUUAAUAAUGAAUUUCUUGAUAAAUCAUCUAUAGAUAUGAUUAUUUGUGAUGAAGCACAUCGACUAAAAAAUGAUAAAACAAAAACAUAUACAAGUAUUUAUAACCUUUCUGCUAAAAAAAGGUUGUUACUAUCAGGAACUCCAAUUCAAAAUGAUUUAGGAGAGUUUUUUGCUUUGAUCUCCUUGUGUAAUCCUGAUUUAUUUGAUGAUACGAAUUUGUUUCGAAAAAAAUAUGCAAAUCCUAUAUUAAUAGGUAGGGACAAAGAUGCAACAGAAAAAGAGCAAGAAAUAGCAUCUGAAAGAUUAUCUGAAUUAUCAAAUAUUACUAAUAAAUUUAUACUAAGGAGAACUAAUAAUUUAUUAUCUAAAGUAUUACCUGUAAAAUAUCUCAUUAAUAUAUUUAUAAAAUUAAAUCCACUUCAAGAAGCAUUAUAUUUAUUAUUCUUGAAGGACAAAAAAAUUUUAAAAAAUGAUCAAUCUAAUAAUAAAGUAAACGUUCUUAUUAAUAUAAAAAAAUUAGAAAAAAUAUGCAAUCAUCCAUUACUACUAAAUGCAAAUGAUAUAAAAGAUAUCGGUCAAAUACCUUUAUCAAAGUUAAUAGAAGAUUUAACUUGUGAAAUAGAAAAGUCAAAAAAUGAGAAAAUAAAUACAAAUGACAAAAACUCAAAUAUAAAGAAUGAAAAAAUAACAAAUUUACAUAAUUCAUCGGAAAAUUGUAAGUUAGAAAAAAAAAAAUUUGAUAUAGAUUAUGAAAAACCUGUAAAAAGAAUUCUCGAAGAAUGUAAAAGGGACAUACAUAGGUCAUAUUAUAAUUUAUCCUGUAAAUUUCUUUUAUUACAUUUUUUGUUAAAAAAUAUUAAGCAAAAUACUACUGACAAAGUUGUCAUUGUAAGUAAUUACACACAAACCUUAGAUUAUAUGGAAAUAUUAUGUAAAGAAAAUUUUUAUAAAUUUGUUCGUUUAGAUGGAGGAAUAAGUAUAAAAAAGAGACACAAAGUUAUAAGUGAUUUUACUCAUUCACCUGAUAUUUUCAUUUUUUUAUUGUCAUCCAAAUCAGGUGGAUGUGGUAUUAAUUUAAUUAGUUCUAAUAGAUUAAUUUUAUUAGAUCCUGAUUGGAAUCCAGCAAAUGACAAACAAGCUUUAGCAAGAGUAUGGAGAGAAGGACAAAAAAAAAUAUGUUAUAUUUACAGAUUGUUUUGUACUGGUACUAUUGAUGAAAAAGUAUAUCAAAGGCAAAUUAGUAAAGAUGGUUUAUCAUCUAUGAUUGUUACUAACACGAAUUUAUCAAAAGAUCAGCUAUCUGAUGAAAAUGUAAAAAAGCUUUUUAAUUACAAAAUAAAUACAAUUUGUGAAACUCACGAUAAUAUUGAAUGUAAUAGAUGCAAUUCUAAAAACAGUACGGAAAAUUUCACAGAGCAAUUAGAAGAUUUUGAAGAAGAAGAUGUAAAUACUUGGGCUCAUCAUUUAGAUAUAGAAACAGUACCUGAUGAAAUUUUAAUUAAGGCAACAAAAGAUGCUACUGAUUUUAAAAAAAACGAUAUCAAUAAUUGUCCUAUUCUUCAAAAAUUAACUCCAGAUUUUGUAACAUUCACUAUGAGUUGCAAAAUUGAAUAUAGAGACGAUUUAAUUAAGCAAAAAUUAAACCAAGCAAAGAUGUGUGCAGAAAAAUUAAAAAAACAAAAUAUAAUUGAAAAAAAUUCAAAAAAACAAAAAAAAAAUAAAAAAAUAGAUGGAAAAUAUGAAGAAAAUGAUGAAUCCGAAGAUGAAUUUGAAGACGAAUUUGAAGACGAAUUUGAAGAAGAUGAAGAAGAAGAUGAAGAAGAAGAAGAUGAAAUAGAAGAUGAAGUAGAUGAUGAAGUAGAAGAAGAAGUAGAUGAAGAUAAGGAAGAAGAAGAUGAAGAAAUAGAAGAAGAAAAAGAUAAUGAAAAAAAAGAAGACGAAACAAAUGAGAGUGAACUAAAACUUAGAGAAAUAGAAGAAUAUCAAAGAGAAAAAAAAAAAAAGGAAUUACUUAGUAAAAAAAAGGAAAACAUGAAUGAAAAAGAUAUUCAAGAAGAAAAACAAGUUAACAAUAAGUAUAUUGGUACUUUGGAAGAUGAUAAAAAGGGUGAUAAAAAUAAUAUAGCCAAAGUAAAUAAUAAAUCUAAAAAUAUAGAUAAAAAUAAAAAUAUAUAUGAAGAAUCUUGUAAAAGGAUUACAAGAAAUAUGUGUCACAAAAAUUUAGUAGAAUUACUAUCACAAGAUGAGGAUUCAAAAGUGACAUUUUCUAUUUCAGAUGAUGUAGAUGCAUCUGUUGAAAAUGUAAGUACAGAUAGUUCCUAUUUUAUUUAA